UAAAACUGAAACGUCAAAAUGUCAUAGAGAAAAAUCCGAAAAAAAAACAGGAAAUGGUAUUGCAGCCGGUUAGUUUGGGAAAAUAUUUGCCCAGUAUUACAUUAAUUGUCUUUCGGGCUUAUCAACAGCGCUGUUUUUAUUCUAUAACAAAAAUGUCUCGGCAAUUAAAUUGGGAAGAAGAGAAAAACAGAAUUCUCUCUUUGUCUUUAGAGGAGAAACGAAAAUUAUAUAAAUCAAACGAUUACAUUGGUAUAAAUCAAGUUGACCCCUGGACAAUUUAUGCGGUGAAAAACAGUGAUAUACUAUCGAAGCAACAUACCGUUGAAGACCUCAAUGAGUUCAAAAAGUGUAAAAUAGAUUCGUCGCAAAACAAAGAAUUGAGCGAAAAAGUUUCGAUAUUUAAAGGGGAUAUCACAAAGUUAGAGGUUGAUGCAAUUGUUAAUGCGGCAAAUUCUCGAUUAAUUGCCGGCGGCGGAGUCGACGGUGCCAUACAUCGUGCCGCUGGACCUCUCCUUCAAACUGAAUGUAACACUCUCGGUGGUUGUCCAACGGGAGAAGCAAGGAUCACUGGUGGUUAUAACCUGCCAUGCAAAUAUGUGAUACACACAGUGGGACCUCAGAACGGAUCAGCACCAAAUCUGCAGUCUUGCUAUGAGAAGAGCUUAGCGUACCAAAGUCAAUAUAAAUUGAGAUCCAUCGCAUUCCCUUGUAUUUCCACUGGUAUAUACGGCUUUCCGAACCGUCUUGCUGCCCACAUUGCUUUAAGAACAGCCCGAAAGUUUUUGGAAACCAAUAAAGAUUUGGAGAGAAUCAUAUUCUGUACAUUUCUGCCCGUGGAUGUAGAUAUAUAUGAAACAUUGAUGCAAAUGUACUUUCCUAUACAUCGGAAGAAUUUUGAUUAGCCCUUCUGCUUAAAAAGCAUGUAUAAUAAUAAUUUUGCUUAGCAAUUUCAU